UUGUUUAUCUGUUAUUUUUUGUUUUAUUGUGUUAUUAGAGGAAUUUUUUUUUUAAUUUGAAAAAUGCCCUACGUGACUAGAGAUAUGGCAAAUUAUGCCAAAGAAAAAGGUAUACAUUCUGAUAUGGAAAAUGAUGAUAUGACCAAUGUGGAUGCAACAAGUUGUAUGUCUGAAUCGGAUGCUCGUAAAUUACGUGAACAGCCAUUUUCUGUUGCACCUACUUCGGAAAAUGAAGGACAAUCAUCGAGUGCUGUUGCUAGUAGUCAAACUUCCUGUGAUCAAAAACCGAGACAAAAAAGUCGAUCACAACAAAGAUCAAAUGCAGGGUCAUCGGCUUCACGAGCUUCAUCAAUGACUGGCCGUAGAAAAUCAUCAACAAAAUCAGUUGCAGGUUCAUCUGGUGUAAAAUUAUCUACUAGAUAUGAAAGCCCUAACAAAGAUCUUUCAUUCAAUGAAAAAAUGAUCCGAUAUACAUUCGGAUUAUUGCGAUCAAACAUAAUUAAACUAUAUGAAAUGGAAGGUUCUGCAAAUGUUGAUCGUUCAAAAGAAUUCAAAGGCUAUAAAAUUGAUUACAAUAUUGUUUUGGUAACAAAACAAAAAGAUUCUGAUCGCAUAGUAAAAACAACUCAUAAAAAUGAAGAGUUUAGAGAAUUUCCCUUAUGCUGCAAAGUGUAUGAUCUUAGCCGGCGACCAAUGGAUCCUAUUAAAUCGGAUUAUCUGAAAAUUCUUCGAUCAUUAGCACGAAAACAUCCAAGUAUCAUACAAACUUGGGGUAUAUUUUAUGAUUCAAAACAGCAACAGAUUCUUAUCAUACAAGAAUAUCUUUGUCAUGGAUCUAUGGAAACUUAUUUGAAAGUAAAAAAUUAUCCAUGUUUUGAUGAAAAGAAAGCAUCCGAAAUAGCUCAACAACUUGCUAUGGCAUUAGAUUUUCUUGGUGAUAUGGGCAUAUCACAUCGUUCAUUAUCACCACGAUACAUUAUGAUUGCACACAGAGAACCGGUACGAGUGAAACUUGCAGGAUUUCGUUCAGCCAUGAUCUAUUGGGAUAUACGUCGUGAAAAUGUUAAUCUUGUACCGUGUGUUGCAUUGGCUGAUAGACCACCGGAACCAGAAUUUCAAGCACCAGAAGUUUAUGGUGAUGCCAUGACCGAAGCUUUUGAUCCAGUUCAUGCUGAUAUUUGGUCAUUUGGUGCUAGUAUCUAUUACAUUUUGACUAAAAAAUAUCCAUAUGAUUUUUCGCGUGAAAAUCCUCGAAUCGAAGAAGAAAUUCAAACAAAUGUUCGUCAGACAAAAACUUCAUCACAAUGUCAAAAUUUUUUAUCACGAAUUUUAUGUUCAAAUGCUGAUCAACGUAUAAAAUUUGAUAAAAUUACCGGACAUCCAUGGAUAAUGAAAUAAUAGAAAAAUUAUAAAUGUCAAUGUUGU